UUACCUUCUAGCGAAAUCCUUAAUAACUAACUCUUGAUCGAUUCGGAAACCCUCGUCCCCGAUUCCUCAGCCGAUCGAUCCGAUCCGCUCCGAUCAAUGAAUUCCGCCGCCGCCGAAGCCUCGGCUUCUAAUCUGCCGCCGCCGCCCGCGGCGGCGUCCCGCCUGGCCCCCGGAUUCCGAUUCCACCCUACUGACGAGGAGCUCGUCUCCUACUACCUCAAGCGCAAGGUCUGCGGCCGGCCGCUCCGCGUGGAUGCCAUCGCGGAGGUAGAGCUGUACAUGUUCGAGCCGUGGGAGCUGCCGGACCUGUCCCGGAUCCGAAACCGCGACCAGGAGUGGUACUUCUUUACCUCCCUGGACCGCAAGUAUUCCACCCGGUCGCGGACCAACCGCGCCACGCCUCAGGGCUACUGGAAGACCACCGGCAAGGACCGCUCAGUGGGACGCGGCCCCCGCGCUGUCGGCAUGAAGAAAACGCUGGUGUACCAUUCCGGCAGGGCGCCUCGUGGCAACAGGACAAAUUGGGUUAUGCACGAGUACCGCCUCGAGGAUGAGGAGCUGACCAAGUCCGGGAUUUUCCAGGAUGCGCAUGUUGUUUGCAGGAUCUUUCUAAAGAAUGGCUCUGGGCCUCAGAAUGGCGCUCAAUAUGGAGCACCGUUUCUCGAAAAAGAAUGGGAGGUGGAGGAAGAUGGUGCGGUUUCAAUGCUCGACGGAGGGGAUUAUCACGCUACUGAAGUGGUUUCAAUGCUCGAUGGAGGGGAUUAUCACGCCACUGAACGAGGAUAUUUUGAAUUUAGUGAUCUUGUACAGAAUGAAGACUUGAAUAAAGAACAGACAAAUGUUUUCAAUUUUGCACCAUAUAUUGGUGGAACAGAUAAUGGUGGCCAUCCAGAAGAUGCAAGCAAUUUACUGGAUGAGGCUUCCAAAGAUAUUAGUUUCACCAACUUGGGUGAUACACCUUCUCAGAAGAGUGUGCCAGCUUCUAUUGAUGAAAUGGAGAAACAUCCUCCAGUGGAAGAUUGCAGUCAUACUCAAACUUGUGUAAAUGCAAAGGAAGAAUAUGUGGAGUUGAAGGAUAUUGCAGAUACUGUGAAUGUGGCAUAUUCUUUUGUUGAGGAAUCUGUUGGUUAUCCUAUAAGGAAUUGUCAUGUGGAAAACACAAAUGGGGUUGGUGAAAAUAUCCACCAAGUGCAAAUGUUUGAAGUCGAGGAAUUCUUCGACUCCAUAAGUGAAAGUGAUGACCAGCCAGAAUCAGAUCGAAACUCCCUGUUGGAAGAUAAUAUCUUUACCCAAUCAAACGGCUCCAAUUCCUCAGCUGGUACUUUCACCUCCAAUCAGGGAAAGAUAGCAGUCUGUGAUGUGCCUAAUGAGAAUGUAGCAUUCUGGCAAGAAAAUGUUGUAAUGAAUGAAUACUUGCCUACAGUUGAACCAUCUGGUUUUGAGAAGGUUGAUGAAUUAUUAGUGUACUUUGAUGCAACUGAUGGCGAUUUGCAUUAUGGCAAUAUUGGCUUUUCACGGAGCAGUCCGCCCGCUGCAUUUGAUUUUGCUCAAGAGGAUUGUGGCUGCACAAUUAAGUCAACAGCCCAGGUGCCAAAUACUUUUAUAAGUGGAGCUUCAUCCUCAGGUUCGUGUGUUCCUUGUGAUCAGUCCGAAGACAAAUGUAAGGAUGUUGGUGAUAAACCAGAUGACACCAUGAAAGAUUCUAACAAGGAAAAUGCUGCAAAGAAGCAUCUAUUAAACAUGUUGGGUGCAAUCUCGGCACCCGCAGCAUUUGCUGAGUUUCCUCCUAUGUCUGGAAAGGUUGCUGCUGCCCACUCAGCCAAUCCAAUCCAUGUAACCUCUGGGUUUAUUCGCAUCUACAGUUCAACCAUAUCAGAAAAUGUCGUGCACGGGCCCUCCCAGAAGAAUGGACAUGCACAUUGCAUGCUUUCCUACAGCCUGCCUGAUGAAUCUACAAGAAAGCGUCAGGUUAAUCCUGUGUCGAUGGUGAUCCGAGGAGGCAUGUACUUAUUCUUAGUCUCAUGGCUAAUUCUUACAAUUAUCUACAAAGUGGUGACUGGAUACAUGGCAAGAAAGAAGGUUCUACAAAUCAAGUAAGAUUUGACUGACCUGAACAUUUAUAUUUCCACAUCCAGUGCAAUUGCAGAAACUCAGGUACUAGGAUUAUUUAGUGUCCCAAUAGAUAAACAGUAGCUAGUUCGACAUUUUAUAUACUAAGUUAUUCAACAACACAUGGCAACUGUAAUACAACAUUUCGUUGUAAUUUGUUGGGAAAAAUUCUGGUCCCAAUUGGCCCCUCGUGUUUGCAUGGGGCUUUUAGUGUGACACUCGAAGUUUCAUUCAUCUCAUUUGAUCUUUGUUUAGUUAUCUCA